CUCGCCGCUGCGUCAGUGGUCUGUUGUGCGCUGCAUUGGGUGGGAGGGAAGGCAUAAACAAACCGCCCCAUAUUCGCACCAGCACCGCAGCAGAUAAGAGCCGUUCGAUUAGUCACUUUCUGGAGGCAGAGGACAAGAUGGAAAAUGCCUUUGCACCGAUCAGCGAGGCGUGCGUUAAGGCGCUCAGCGACAAAACGUACGACAAGCGCAAGGUGGCCGCCCUCGAGAUCGAAAAGAUGGUGACCGAUUUCAAGAUGAAAAAGAACAUUACGCAGAUAAAGCGCAUCAUCGACGUGCUGAGCCGGGACUUUGUGCGGUCGAACGACGCGAACAAGAAGAAGGGCGGGCUGAUCGCGCUGGCCGCCACCAGCAUCGCGCUCGGCAAGGACACGGAAAAGUUCAUCGAGGACAUCGUCAACCCGAUCAUGAACUGCCUGAUCGACAACGACAACCGGGUGCGCUUUUUCGCGAGCGAGUCGCUCUACAACGUGGUGAAGGUGGCGCGCGGCGCCGUGCUGCCCUUCUUCCCGAGCGUCUUCAAUGCGCUCAGCCGGCUGGUGACCGAUCCGGACCAGACGAUCAAGAACGGCAGCGAGAUACUGGACCGGCUGCUGAAGGACAUCGUGAUCGAGUCGUCGCAGACGUUCGACCUGGACGCGUUCAUACCGCUCGUGCGGGAGCGCAUCAUGGUGAAGAGUUCGUUCGCGCGCCAGUUCAUCAUCUCGUGGAUCUCGGUGCUGAAUGCGGUGCCGGAGAUCAACAUGGUCGUCUUUCUGCCGGAGAUACUGCACGGCCUGUUCCAGAUACUGGAGGAUCCGCUGCCGGAAAUCCAGCGCAUGUGCGAGUCGCUGCUCGCGCAGUUCCUGAAGAUCAUCAAGCUGGACCCGAGCGCGGCCGACAUCCCGACGAUGACGAACGUGCUGAUCGUGCAGGCCCAGUCGAGCAAUCCGCUGAUCCAGUUUUACGCCAUCACCUGGAUCAAGGAGUUCGUGCAGCUGUCCGGGGGCGAGAUACUGUGCUUCGCGAGCGGCAUCUUCACCGCCAUCCUGCCCUGUCUGGCGUUCGAGAGCGACGCGAAGAAGAACAUCAAGGACUGCGCGAACGCGGUCAACCUGCACCUGCUCGAGCUGAUCUCGAGCGGCGAGGACAAGCAGAAGAAUCUCAGCUACCUCGACCUCAACUCGGUGAUGGAGGUGCUGCGCCAGUACCUGGUGCACAGCCCGGUGCCGACCAAGAUAGCGGUGCUCAAGUGGGUGCACCAUCUGUUCACCGAGGUGCACGACGAGAUGUCGGAGCACGCGAACAAGCUGUUCCCGGUGCUGCUGCGCGACUGCCUGUCGGACAGCUCGGACGAGGUGGUGCUGCAGGCGAUCGUUGUGCUGGCGGAGAUCGUCAACUCGGCCACGGUCAAGGGGAACGACUUCGACCAGACGCAGUACCGGCAGUUUCUGGUCGAGCUGCUCAACCUGUUCAGCGAGAACAACACGUUCCUGGAGAAGCGGGGCACGCUCAUCAUACGGCAGCUGUGCCGGCUGCUGAACGCGGAGUACAUCUACCGGACGUUCGCGGAGAUUUUGCUCGAGGAGCGCAUCAACCUGAAGAUUGCCUCCACCAUGGUGCGGACGCUCAACAUGAUCCUGCUGACGACCUCGGACCUGUUCGAUCUGCGCAACAUGCUGCACGACAUCCGGAACGAGAAAUCUGCCUCACUGUUCGAGUGCCUUUACAAAUGCUGGGCGCAUUGUCCCGUCUCGACGCUUUCGCUCUGCCUGCUGGCGCAAUGCUAUCAGCACGUGUCCGAGAUAGUAACGCUAUUUGCCGAUAUCGAAAUAACGGUCGACUUUCUGGUGGAAAUUGACAAGAUGGUGCAGCUGAUUGAAUCUCCUAUCUUUGCGUCAUUACGGCUCGCGUUGAUAUCGCACUCGAACGAUAACGCCGACGCACAGCAUCUCUCCCGUGCACUGUACGGUAUACUGAUGCUGCUGCCCCAGACCGAAGCGUUCCAUCUGCUGAACAAUCGGUUGAAGUGUGUGCCUAACUACUGGAGCCAACCGAACAAGAUCAGCUCCAAGUCUACCAACGAAAGCCAGUGCAACAUCAAGUUUGACGAGCUGUUCACCUACUUCAAGUACGUGCAAGAUCUGCAUCAUCAGAAGCGCGUCGAAAAGCGAAAGAAAAAUCAAUUUUAAACCAUUCCCCUACUCUACUACCCCCUCCUCUUCCCAUCCUCCCUGUGGACGCUUGGAACGGAUCAAUCGAUAAUUUGUUCUACAUUGUAAGCCAAAAAUCAGCCUACCGUUCGAUAUAAGUUCCCUUUCGCGCCCCCCUUGGUGGAAAAUUUUAAAGUCAUCUCCAAUCAGUCUCCCGAUCGAUGCGUUGUGCCGACGACGAGUGGUUCGUGCUGUGCGUAAAUGAAAACAGGCAACAAUAAAGAAGCCGAUCCGUGUUUUCGAUUUAAUAUUCUACAUUCCAUGUACACUGCUGUCAACGGGGGUUAAUAAUCACGACUAUCGCAUAUGAUAGCUUAUGAACAAAAUAUACAGUAAACAAAAAGGCACAUGCAUUGCCAAAUGUAUA